AGCAGGUUCGGUCGAGUGCAGCGCGACUGCAGCGCAAAGGGAAAAAUUCAAAGAAGUUGUAAAUUACAAAGUAAAAAUACAUUGUUAAUAAUGUAAAUUGUUUGUUAUUGAAACACAUUUAAAUUUGCAAAAAAUGGCCCAGAGAAACAGUUAAGCCAAACAAAGGGUUUGCAACGCAGACAAAUUUACAACAACAAAACAUAAGAACAAGACGAGACGUGCAGCAGCAGCCACUCCUUUUGUGUCCGUCGUUUGAGAAAUGUGUGCGUAUUUGUGUUCGUGUGUCGUAUCCAAUGUGUGUGUGCGUGCUGUAAUUGAAAAGUUGUGAUUACUGCAUAAAUUAUAAAUUGAAAUUGCAUUCAUUAAGAAAGUGAGCAGGCGCAUUAAAAAGUGAAAAUUCGCGGCACUUGCAAAAGAAAAAAUAGUAUUUUGUGUAUAGUGGGUCUUAAAGUAGAAAAGACAGUCAGCGAUAACAGCGAACCCACACACACCUUCUUACAUACAUAUGUAUGCGUGUGCAUAAAUACACACAUAGACAAAAACAGAGCCCGUACAUUCAAGCAACGCGUGUGCAUGUGUGUAUGACUCACUACCCUACACAAGUAAAUGCGCGGGGGGAGCACGCUACUACCUACGGUAACAAAAACAAUAAAAGCAAAUCGCUGCCGCGCUUCAAUAGAAUUUCCCAAGCUGAGCGUAACUAAUCGCGUUUGAAGAAAAUUCCAACGUACACACGGAGAGGGAAAAAGCGAGAGAAAUAGAGAGAGAGAGAGAGAGACAGAUAGGCGAAGAAGCCGCAAAUCCCUCAUAGGCACAGAAAACAGCGAACAGCACGAACAUGAGUUUUACCAAGUGGUUUAAAAAGAAGGAGCAAAUCUCCGAAAUUGGUGAACCCACAAAUUUCCAACGACACUUCCAUGUAUCCCGCAAUCAAGAGACUGGAGAUCUGGAAGGUUUGCCUGCCCCAUGGCUACGUCUAAUGAACACACAAAUUACUCGGGAUGAGCAGGACAAGAAUCCAGAUGCUGCCUACCAUGCGGUGAAAUAUUAUAAUUACUCGAUUAAGAAAAAAGAGAACGAGGUGUUUAAGCCACUGAUUACCGAGCUUGUGAUACACGAGGAGUCCAAGGAGAUUGAUAACUAUUUGAACUACAAGAAUAAGCACAAAUCCCAAGAUUUGGAUAAUGAUGAUGAAGCGUACAGCGGUGGCAGCUCAACGGCUACCGAAAGCAACUCCAGCGGCAGCGGCAGCUCGACAGGCAACAGCAAUAGUAGUAGCCUUAACGAUAAUAGCCAACAGGCCGCCAUACGACUUUCCGCGCUCAACGACGUGAUCAAAGAGCUAGAGUCAAAUCUGGAACGACGUGAAACGUUAAAACCCCAUAAGCCGACCAGUCAAAACCAGGCGGGAGCGCAGGAACCACCGCCGCCGCUGCCUGCCAAGAAAUCCACACACACACUGCCGCCCAAGCCACAGAUAAAGCCAAAGCCAUAUAGCGUCACGCAAAAAGUCCCCCGUGUCAGCGACCUAACCUCCAUAGCCGCCGAUGAGCAGCUACAUAAGGUCAACACGGAUACCAUUAUCCUCAAAACCGCUGCCACGGCUAGCGCUGUAAACGAUGCCACGAACGAUGGAGAUGCUGGUGAUGAAACGAUACUGCGUCGCUCUAAAGAGAAGCGUACACAGAAAACUGACUCCCAGGUCUAUGAUGAACUGCGUACCAUUUGCAAUCCGUGCGACCCACGCGAGCGCUUCCAGACCACACAGGAGGUGGGUAAAGGUGCAUCGGGCAUCGUAUUUAUUGCGGGAGAUUUGCAAAAUGAGUCACAGGUGGCGGUGAAAACGAUCGACAUGAAGAAUCAGUCCUCGAAGGAUCUCAUACUCACCGAAAUACGCGUGCUCAAGGAUUUCAAUCACAAGAAUUUGGUAAAUUUUCUUGAUGCCUAUUUACUGGAACCGGAGGAUCAACUUUGGGUUGUAAUGGAAUAUAUGGAUGGUGGCCCACUUACCGAUGUCGUUACUGAGACUGUGAUGAAGGAGCGGCAAAUUGCGUGCGUGUGUCGUGAGGUAUUGUAUGCCAUUAGUUUUCUGCAUGCCAAGGGCAUCAUUCAUCGUGACAUCAAAUCUGAUAACGUGCUCCUCGGCAUGGAUGGUUCGGUCAAGGUCACCGACUUCGGAUUUUGUGCCAAUAUUGAAGGCGAUGAGAAACGACAGACAAUGGUGGGCACACCAUAUUGGAUGGCCCCAGAGGUUGUGACACGAAAGAAGUAUGGCAAGAAAGUAGAUAUAUGGUCCAUAGGAAUUAUGGCCAUAGAAAUGAUUGAGGGUCAGCCACCAUAUCUGUAUGAAACGCCAUUGCGUGCGCUAUACUUGAUUGCGGCUAACGGCAGGCCCGACAUCAAGAGCUGGGAUAAGCUGAGUCCCAACCUGCAAGACUUUCUUGACCGUUGUCUCCAGGUAGAGGUCGAUAGGCGCGCUACAGCCGAUGAACUACUACGGCAUCCAUUCCUCGACGAUUGCAGCGAGGUGAAGGCCUUGGUUCCCAAUAUUAAGGCGGCCAAGAAGGUGCUCCGACGCAAUGUAUAGUUAAUGUCUAAUCAUCGGGUAGCCAAGCUUAUGUAUGCGUGAUGUGGAUAAUAGGAUCUGGAGAGAUGGGAUUGCGUUGCAGCCGCUCCUUGGAACGUUUAUAAUAAUGUGUGUGUAUAUGAGUUCAUCUAUGUAAAUUUAAUUUCGUCUGGAACUGGAACAAAAUGCUGAUUAGUCUUCGUAGAGUAACGACAAAAACAAAAACAAUAAUAACUACAACAGCUGGCGAUAUGUUUGUGCGUGCUUCCAAAAUGGAAUUGCACUGGGAUUUGGGAUUUUUGGUUUCCUAAUACGUCGCUGGACGAUUAUAUGGAAAAAUGCAUGAGGUGGCCGAACGUGAGGAACAAUGGGAAGAAUACAAUUGGCGCAAAUGUCGCCACCCACGCAACGCCACGCCACACCGCACCGGACCGCAGCGCUCCAUUUCCCUGUCUACUCAGCCACAGUGCCUGCCAAAAGCGCAUGAACGUCGUACGCCGAACGCACAAGAAAGCAUUGAUAUUUUAAGCGUAGUGUAUUUAUUAGCAUUUCUUUUGUAGCUGUAGCGUUUUUGCUACCGUUACAUUAUACUGUUUAUCUUCCUUUUUGAUUGUGUGGGAAAGAUGACGCAGUUUAUUUAGCAUUUGUAUCUGUAUACUACUGUAUAUGUAUGCGUGCAUAGGUUUUAAAGUGUGGAAAGAUAAGAGGGAAUUAGUUGCCUUCUUUGCUUUUAUUAUGUAUUCUGUUUAUGUUUAUUAUUAAAUGUUUUACUUGGCCAAUUGCUAUGUAGUGCAUAUACAUACAUACGAGUACAUAAAUACAUACAUACAUAGUAUAUACAUAAAUAAAUAAAAAUACAUUCAUACUAUACGAUUAUGUAGUUGAGAAAUUUUUAAGAAAGGAAUGUGUGCUAAAUUAGACUUCACACACACACACACACACACACACACACAUACAAACAGACACACGCACACGUACAUUAUAUAAAUAUUGUAUUUAUAAUACUUGGAUAUACAUAAGUUGGAUACAAGUUUUAUAUAUAAUAAUAUAUAACAUACUUAUAUACAUACAUACAUAUAUAAAUAUACAUAAAUGUGAUUUAAGCGAUUUUAUCAAAGCUGCAUUAUGCAAUUCUACAUAAAAUUCGUCGUAAACUAAGCAAACAUGCAAUAUUUGUUGUAAAUUACCAAAAAACAAAAACAAAUAAAAUUUUAAAAAGAAAACGGUAAAUGCAGUAUAGCAAGUGGGAGUGAGGAAACAAAUUAAUAGAAAAAGUAUACUAUGUUAAAAGUGCCAUUAGGUCUAAUAAACAGCAACGCAAAAACACCCACAAAAACUAAAUACUAUUAUCAAAAUAAAAACAGUAUACAAGUUCAAAUAUUUUCCACAACUAAAAUAAAAAACAAACAUUCAAACCCACAUACAUACAUACAUAUGUAUUUACAAUACGUCUUGCAAUUAGCUACGCGCACAAUUUAACAAAUGUGGUCAAAAAUAAUUCAAUUCCAUUAAAUUAGUACAAACAUAAGACUAAACUAAAAUUUGAAUCGAAACAAAAUACCCGUUAACUACUUACAACUAAAGAGAAGAGGAGAGGAUAAUUAUUGUAGAGUGCAUUGCCCAAAAUUUUGCCAUAAAAUGUACGACCAGCACGCUGUUAUAACGGUAAUGUGUGUGUCAAAUGAAAUGCAAUUCCGAAACAAAUCACAGUAUAUGCCAAAAGUAAACGUUUAUUUAAGUAAAUCUCUCAUGAUCACAACACUAUGCAUUACAAGAAAAUGAAAAAAAAAAUAGCGGUAUGCAAACGACCUGAGAAACAACAACAAUUACGACAAUAAUCACAUGAGUACAAUUAUUUGUCGUUAUCGUUGUUGUUGUCGCGCAGCUUAAACCGUUAUCUCAUACCGGUUUGUCAUUGUGUUGAUGACACUUGCUGAGAGAAAGGAAACUAUAAAUUUAAAAGUGCAAUUUAAUUUGCUGCUGCAACAAUUUUAGUAAUUCCUUGAUAAUGGUCAGACGGUAGUGUCCAAUAUUAUAGUUUGAAAAUAUGUCAGCGAGUGAGUCAUCGAAGCGUGACUAACAGAAAUCCAGAUGUAGUACUGAUUACGCGCACAUACAUAUAGUGCCUAUGUAUGCAAAUGUAGAAAAGUAAACACAAGCCGAGUCCCAACGAAAAUAUCGAGCAAUGUCAAAACAAAAAACUCUUGAAUGGGAGAUCAAUAAAUACCGGAAAAACAGACCUAUAAAUUUAGAAGCAUAAGAAAAAGGCUGAAAGAAAAGUAGUCACCAGGGUGCGGGAUAAGCAGUUGUGCGGCCUUGUUCCAGUUAUAUUAACUUUAUAUUAUUGAUUUUUAAAUGUAUGUUUUGUCCGCUUAAUUAUUCUUGAUCGCCACAUUUUUUUAAAAUGGGCAUGAAACCAAUAUAAUGGCUUUGUGUAUAUUUAAAACUAAUGGAAUCAAAACAUUUAGUAACAUAUCAAAACUAAACUAUGAAGAAAUUACAGUUAAAACUACAUCUCCAGCUACUCAAAGAAAAAUGGUACUCUGAAGUUUCAAUGUCCGGAAUUCACAAAAGAUUUCAAUUAUUUAGUUUCGGGUACACACAUUACCAAAAGCCAAAAUUAAUAUUUUCCAUUACACGAAACUUUAUCACAAUCUUUCUGAAAACAUAAAAACCUUCAUCUAAAAUUUUGGAAAUUCUUUCCUUUUGUUUUUUUUUUACCUACAUUUUGAUUACUGAUCCCAAAACUUUUAUAACCAAAUUGGGGACAUUUUCCUAAAAUUGGAAGAGAGUGUUUUGCCACGUUUCGGAACUCUUGAAGCUUAUCCACAUAAUUCCCAUGUUUUUCAUAUAAAUCGCAAGGUGUUUUUAUUGGCCUUUGGCUCGUGGCAAGCGAUUCCUUUAGUAAAAAUAUUAAUGAAUAUACAAAUUUUGUGCAGUAGUUUUUAGCAACAAGAAACGCUCUUUAUUAUGCUUGUUUCCCCAAAGCAAAGCAGUCAAAUAGAGUAGCCUGCGAAGCUUAGUUAAAAUGUUUAUAUUCGUUCUUUUUAACGCAAAUAUAAGUAUUAAAAUAACAUUUCAAAGUGCCCUGUAAAAACGAAAUUGUAAUGCAUAAUUUAGAGCUUAAUGUUUAAUUGAAAAUUUACUUGAUUUUAUUUAGCUUAAAAUAGAGAAAGAUGAUAAAUCCAUUAAAGUAAUUUUGCGAACAUAUGAAUAGCAAGGCAGGUGAAUGAAUUAGGCAACGAAUGGCCAGCAACGAGCAUUAGUAACGAAGACAUACCCAAUCUAACAUAAUCGUAUGCGCAUUUAAAAUUUUACAACUAAUGCUAAAAGUGCAAACAAAUAUAUACAUAGAUAUAUAUAUAUAAUAAAAGCUACAACUAACGAAAACCAAGUCUUCAAAUGGUAGUGUACAUUUUUGAUACAUCAACUUUUAUGGGAACUGUAAAAUUAAAAAUAGUAACCAAAUCCAGAAACAUAACUGACAUUGACUUUUUAAAGCAAAUGCAUUGUAAUUGUAAUUAAAAGCAAGAAAAUAUACAUGAAUUAGCGCUAUUUCAAUUAAUGUAGUUAAAAUAUGUGAGAAAAACUUGCAAGUAAUUAUAAAAAAUAUGGCAUAUUAAACGAAGAUAACGA